AUGCGACAAGAGCGUACACUGCCUUGGUGGUUGAUGUACACUACCAUCGCCGUGUUGUCCGUUGCCGUGUUGUCCGUUCGGACCAACACAUGCUUGCCCUGGAUAAUCGGCAAAAGUCUCCACAGGGCAAGCAAUACUGCCAGCAUCUCGAGGCAGUUGAUGUGCCAAUGCAGUUAUGGACUAGUGCACACGGUGCCCCAGCCAGACUUGGAGGUGUCUGUUGUAACCACAACACACCUGGAGACAUGCUCUAAGGGAACCCCUGCUGAUAGAAAUGACAGGUCAGUCCAAGAGCUGAACAGACAGCAGCAGACCAGCGUGAUGAGCAUGCGGUAUGCGCCGUGGCACCCGUUGCCCAUGCCCAUCUCGGGACACGAGUCUGAAGCCAAUCACCCAUGCAAACAUGUUCUUGAUAAAGUAGUGGCCCAUAGACUACCAACAUCCAGCAACAUCAGAUGGAACUUUCACAGCUGUGCCAUCAAUACUGUGUUUGAGCACAGAGAGGACCUCAUCCAUUGCUUUGAAAGAAUACGAGACUCGGGUAACUUUGACCCCAUUACUGUCAGAGAGGCAGGAGCCUUCGUUAUGCUGUUGGAGGAUCAGGAUUUUAGAUUCUUUCUGCAACUUUUCCACCACAUCAUGCAGCAUGUGGACCUCCUCUAUGGCAAACUCCAGAAGAAGGACAUAGAUUCGGUGCAUAUCAAGGGGAGCAUCCAGCAGUUCCAGCAGGACAUACAAAAGAUCAGCCCAACCGACACCACAGUGACUGCUCGAAUCGCUGCCUGUCUGGCAGACAUCUCAGCCUGGAUGAAGGAACACCACCUUCAACUCAACCCAGCCAAGACUCUACUCCUUGUCUUUCCAGCCAACCCUGCUGUUGAACACAACAUCACCGUGCAGCUGGGUCCAACUACAGUUUCACCUUCCAAAACUGUCAGAAAUCUAGGGGUAACCAUUGAUGAUGAGCUAAAUUUCACAGACCACAUUUCAAAGACCGCAAGAUCAUGUAGAUUUGCACUCUACAAUAUCAGGAAGAUAAGACCCUUCCUCUCUGUACAUGCCACACAACUGCUCGUUCAGUCACUUGUUAUAACUAGACUGGACUACUGUAUCUCUCUCAUUGCAGGCCUUCCUGCAUGUGCUAUUAGACCUCUGCAAAUGAUCCAGAAUGCAGCAGCACGUCUGGUCUUUAAUGAACCAAAGAGAGCGCAUGUUACACCACUCUUUGUCUCUCUCCACUGGCUGCCGGUUGAUGCACAUACUAAAUUCAAGGCUCUGAUGCUGGCAUACAAAACAGUCACUAGGUCUGCUCCAGCAUACCUAAAAACAUUUAUGCAGAGCUACGUUCCCACCAGAAGCCUGUGGUCGGCUAAGGAACGUUGCCUUGUCGUACCAAAACAAAGAGGCACCAAAACACUUUCCCGGACUUUCAGUUUCAUCAUACCAUGGUGGUGGAAUGACCUUCCCAACUCAAUCCGGGAAGCUAACUCACUCUCUAUCUUCAAAAAACGGCUAAAAACACAUCUUUUCCAAGAGCACUUAACCGGUCACUAAAAAAAAAAUAACAAAUAAUAAUAAUUAUUUACAUUUCUUGUUGCACUUAAAUCUGUUUUGAAUACUAUUCUGAUGAUAGUGAAACUUUGUAAUAUGGCACUUUUCGUACCACUGUCUCCUUAAGAUGAUUCGCUUAUGUUUUCCUCUUUUGUAAGUCGCUUUGGAUAAAAGCGUCUGCCAAAUUUAUAAAUGUACAUUUUGGCUGCUUGGUUUCAACAAAUACUCUUUUUGCGGUUUUGAGCUCUGAAACUUACCAUAUGUUUUUUAUAGUACAAUGUCCUCUUACAUGUUAAAAGUUUAAGGAAAUCGGAU